AUGAACUAUCUCACUGCCAUUAGCUCAGUUCGUCACCUCUCGUCAUUCAUUACAACUCCUAUAUAUUAUGCGAAUGCAGUUCCGCACGUUGGUCAUCUAUACACUUCGGUUAUAUCUGACGCUUACCACAGAUGGAUGAAACUCAAGUAUCCAAAUGAUACUCAUUUGUUUUCCACUGGAACGGAUGAACAUGGCAUCAAAAUACUGAGGGCAGCAGAGAAGUCAGGGCAGGAUGUGAAACUGUUCUGCGAUUCAGUCUCGCAAAAGUUUAGAGAAGUGGCUGUAGAGUUCGGGGUCGAAGCUACUCAUUAUAUCCGAACUACUGAUGUUGCACAUAAACAAGCUGUGCAUCAUUUAUGGAAAGUCCUCUAUGACAACGAUCUCAUAUACAAAGACAUCUACAAAGGCUGGUACAGUGUUGUUGACGAAUGCUUUUAUAAAGACAAAGAUGUAGAAGAAAUAAUAUUGGAAGGGAAAAAAACAAUGGUAGUGAAAGGUACGAAAACUAUAGUGGAGCUGAUUGAAGAGGAGAAUUAUAUGUUCAAGCUCUCCAAGUUCAAAAAUGAAGUUAGAGACUGGAUUGUUAACUCAGAUGUUAUCCGGCCGAAACAUUACUUGCCGCAAGUGUUAAAGUUUUUAGAAAUGGAGGAUGAUCUAUCCGUAUCUCGUUGCCGGAAACGUUUGCCUUGGGGAAUUGACGUUCCUAGCGAUGACCAACAAACGAUUUAUGUUUGGUUGGAUGCUCUAGUCAAUUACUUAACUGUUAUAGGUUAUCCACAAAAAUCGACACUAUGGCCACCAUCUUGUCAGUUAUUGGGGAAAGAUAUCAUCAAGUUUCAUGCAUUGUAUUGGCCAGCGUUUCUCCUUGGUGCUGGACUACCUCUACCAAGAAGAUUAUUUAUUCAUGGUCAUUGGCUGGUUGAUAAUACUAAAAUGUCGAAAAGUCUUGGCAAUGUUGUGAAUCCCAUAGAUUUGAAACAACGUUUCACAGCCGAAGGUGUAAGAUAUUUCUUGCUCAAACAAGGUGUGCCUCAUGAAGAUUCCAACUUUACUGAAGUAAAAGCUUUAAACGUUAUAAAUAGUGAUUUAGUCAAUAAUCUUGGGAAUCUUUUGAGUAGAUCGACAGUACCGAAGUUGAAUGUAAACCAAAUUUACCCAAAUAGUAAUGACUUGGACGAAAGAUUACUCGCUUCAGCUAACGAACUGAUAGAAGAAUUGAACGUUAUUCGAGACAAAACAACAAAGCAUUAUGAUGAUUUGAUGUUCUACAAAGGGAUUGAAGCCAUUAUGAGUGUUUUGAAACAAGCAAAUGGUCUAUUUCAACUUCAUGAACCCUGGAAAAUGACAGAGGAAAAAAAAUUAUCUUCACUCCUUUUUAUUUGUUAUGAAUCAGUUCGCAUAUCAGCUAUACUCCUCCAGCCCAUAAUUCCUAGCGUUUCUGAUCAUACUUUAACUAGAUUGGGUAUAGUAAACGGAGAGCGCAAUUUGACAAACGCUACCUUCAGAUACAAUACAUCUUCGAGAGGAUCAUUGGGGAAAAACAAUGCGCCAUUCAUGAACCGUUUAAAAUAG